AUGGUGUGUAAAGUGGUUCCGGGUCGCCUAAGACAGAUCGAUGCCGGGGCAGGACAAGUGGUCGGCAUAUCAGACAGUAAGAACAUCUACACUCUUCACAAUGGUGCGUGGAAACAUAUACCAGGCGUCCUCAAACACAUCAGUGUGGGAUCAGCUGGAACCUGGGGUAUCGGCCUGAAGGACGAAAUCUACAAGAUGGUGGCGGGAUCAUGUGUCAGAGUUCCAGGUGGCCUUAAGCAGGUGGAUGCUGGAGGAGAGCAUAUUAUUUCAGGUGUGAAUUCAGCAGACGGCAUUUACUGCAUGAGCAGAGACGGAGUAUUGGGAUUCAAGGGGCCUGGAAGCCCAACGCCCUGGCUGCAUAUUCCUGGAGGCCUCAAGUACUACAGCUGCGGCCCUAUAGGCUGCUGGGGUGUUAACAGGCACAACAACAUCUACAUGAUGAAGGGAGUGAGCCCAGCAUCUUGUGGCGGCACUAUGAGUUGGACCCAUGUCCCAGGCUCCUUGGCCAUGGUGGAGGUGGCAUCUGACGGCACUGUCUAUGGAGUCUCCCCAGCGGGACACAUCUACCGCAGGGAAGGUGUGACGUCAUGUAACCCCACGGGAGUGCUGUGGACUCCAGUGGGGGAUGGGAGCAGGUACAAGCACGUGUCCUAUGACCUGGGACACCUGUGGGCUCUCCGUGCAGAUGGGACCAUUCUGGACUGUGUAUGAUGGCGGUCAUUUGAAGUUGCUUUUUGCACUUGUUUUCAAGUCACUUACUGUAUUUUGUAACAUUGUAUUUGUAAUGGGAAAAGGGGUGUAAAGGGGUGUCCAGUAUUAUCACAAUGACUAAAAAAGAUGGUAUUAGGUACUAAAUUUACUAAAAUCGGUAUUAAGUAUUAUUUGU